CCACGCCUUCUGCUCUUCCCUCCGUGCUGCCCAUCGAUUCCCUCCCCCGGAUUACCACCGUGCUCAUAUCGCUGCUCAAGGUUCGUUUAUAAGUGAUUGUCAAUUGGACCUCAAUUGAUUCUGAUUUGAUCCAAGAUGAACGCUGCCGCCGCUCUCCGUGCCAGAAUGGCCACCUCCUUCGUUGCCCGUCGUGGCUUCUCCACCACUCGUGCCCAGCUCGGUAGCCCGUACCACUACGCCGAGGGCCCUCGCUCCAACAUUCCUUUCAACCCUCACACCAGAUUCUUUGCCGUCAGAUACUGGUCCUUCAUGAUUGCCGGUUUCGGUGCUCCCUUCGCCAUUGCUGUCUGGCAAACCAACAAGACCCGCUAAAUCCUCAUGCGCUGUAUUUCUUCCGCCAUGGCACUCUGGGGACUGGGAAAAUAGUCGACAAAUGUAUUCUCAAUUCGCAGCAUUCGGAUAUCGUGUAUAAAGCUAGAGAAUUUGAUUAAGUUUUGAUCCCGAUAACAUUAUAAUUGUUCUUUGUAAAUAGUAGCCGUUGUGGUUGAGCGAAGUCCGUUUGUAGAUCGUGGAUACACUUUGAUAUUAGUUUAUGGAUGAAGUCAUU